UUCAGCAUUUUCAUUUAAAUUAACCUUACAUGAAAAUCAAAAAAUGGCAGAUUGGUAAUUUGCACAGAGUCCCAUGUCAAUCUGAUGAAGAUGAACGAAAACCUCCAAUGUCCUCUAAUCGGAAAAAUCGAAAAAACCCAGCAAACUCCACGCACAACUUUAUUGUUGAGAGACAAACAAGUUUGGAUUGAGAACCUUCAUCAUCAACAACAACACCAAAAAGCAUGGAACUCAUGAGUCUCUGACCAGAUUUCUGAAAAGGUAUUCUGUUUGUGUGAGAGAGGCAACGAGUUGAGUGUAGUUGCUAAAUGGAGGAAAUGGUCGGGCCAAGGUUGUAUAGUUGCUGCAAUUGCAGAAACCAAAUUGCCCUUCACGAUGAUGUUAUAUCCAAGUCCUUUCAGGGGAGAAAUGGUCGAGCCUUUUUGUUCUCCCAUGCAACUAACAUAAUGGUGGGUCCUAAGGAGGAUAGACAAUUGAUGACUGGUCUCCACACAGUGGCUGAUGUCUACUGCUGUGAUUGCCGUGAAGUGUUGGGUUGGAAAUAUGAGCGGGCUUAUGAGGAAACUCAGAAGUACAAGGAAGGGAAAUUCAUUCUUGAGAAGUUGAAAAUUGUCAAAGAGAACUGGUAGGGUUAUCCAUGAAUGUUUUCUGGAUGAUUCUCCUCAUUAACCAAGUAUAUGGAUGAUGUCUCUGUCUUUUUCUUCUUCCCAAUCGAAAAUAUUUUAUGCAUUGUUCUUCCCUGUGCUUUUUUGCUAUGUUCCUUGAUCGGAUGUUAUUCGUUUUGUUAAUAAAAUAGUGAAUGAUUUGAAUCCGUUUUUUAA